AUUGUCUGCAAAAAAACGACGUUAUGGACAGUCUAUGGAGUAAUAAAGCCUAGGCGUGCGUUAACUCACCAACACACACAUACGUCGUAGCGGGCAGAGGCACUACACACUCGAAGUCGGAGCACAUACAUAUAGUUGCGUGCACUUGGAUACGUGCGUCGUCUGAGAGACCCCCGCAAAAGAACAUUUUGCGAGAGACGACGGCGAAGAACCAUUUUUGCGUGUGUGGUGUGCUGUGUGUGUGUGCGUGCGUGCAUGCACGCACGAGUUUCGUUUGAUGUAACUAUUAUACACCGUCGUUGCUGCAUAUGCAAUCGGGUGCCCGCGCGUGUGUGCAUAUUGGAGAACUUGAGCUCGGCACCUAAAUAAAGAAGAAGAGAAAAAAAACGCCAAGAAGUUGUUAAAGUUUUAUGUGCGUGCGCUCUCUCGGUGUGUGCGGUUGUGUGCGAAUGCUUUGCUGCGAUGAUUUUGGUCGGCAGCAGCAACAAUAAUAAUAAUCAAAGAAAUAGUAACUCAUCGGCGAAUAAAGUGCUAAGCAGCAGCAGAAGCCAACGUCGUAACAGCAGCAGCAGCAGCAGCAGUAGCAAAGGUGAAGCAAGAAGAAGCGUCGGCGAAAUAAUUGUUACUGAAAAAUUCGAGGAGAAGCGUUUCAACCGCAGCAGUAGCAGCAGACUGAAGCAGCAGCAGCAGUCUGACUCGUCGUCAGCAGCCGCAAAGACGACGACUGCGUCGUCGUCUACGUUCUGGUUGCGUUACGAUAAUACUCUUGCAGCACGAGUCAUGCUUCGACCUCGAAUAAUGAAGAAAAAGUUGUGCCGUAGUAGCCCCGCGUCGUCGUCGCCGUCGUUUGAUAACCUGCGUCACAGCAGCAUUGUGUUCAACCACGGAUCUGCCUCCUCGACUGCAGCAGUGCGCGUUCUUGUUGAUUCGCCGUUGUUGCUCUUCUCGUGAGUGCAUCGCGUCGUUGUUGUUCGUCGCCACACUCGACGAAAUAUAAUACACAAACCUCGUCGAACCUCUCUAAAAGACUAAUAAAACGUAUUUACUUGGCUCUGCUGUGUUUCAUUCUUAUAUAUGCGAGCUAUAUGUAUCAAAUACAUAUAUAGGUACUCUCUCUCUCUCUCUCUCUAUCGUAUUCACACAUACGUAUAUGCAGCUCUAUAAAGGCGCGAGCGCGCGCAUUACGCACACAAGCUCAAACAGACAGAACAUUGUGAUUACAUACGUAUAAGUGUAUGAACGUGAAAAAGUGCGUUGCGUGCCCAGCAGGAGAAAAAAACAAUAAUUAAGAGUUGAAAAAAAAGUUUGUUGCAUCGGGCCGAUCGAAGGACAAAGCCAGCCUAAAAACGAGAACAACGUCGUCGUCGUCGCCGUCGUCGUAGUAGUCGGCAGUCGUCAUCAUCUUUCUCGUAUAUAAUACCUACACUACUGCGCGAAACCAAUACACGCGCAUAUUCGCGCGCAUAUACAGCAGCAGCAGCAGGCCAGACAGGCGCAAGCAGCGGAGAGACAGGCAGACAAACGUAUAAAGCUUGUGUGUAUGUAUACACGCUCUUUCACACACUCAUACAAGAACUCUUGGAAAGAAGGGGGGGGAAGGAAAGCAACAUUACCUAUAAACCCAAGGCAACCCCAAGUGUGCAAAGUGUAUAUAAAAUACAUGUAUGAAAAUAUAUGCAUUUGUAUGUGUAUAAGUGCAGAUGUCAAGUGACUCCAAAAUUUUGUACAUUAAAAAAAAUUCGCUCGCCUAAAGGUUUAUCAAAACAUUGGUUACUUUGACAGAAAGAGAGUCAACCGAGAAUUCAAGGAAAAAACAGAGCUUUAAUCGAAGCAUUUUCGAUGUAAAUUGAGAUGAAACGCGUUCGCGGGGUGGAAGAGAUAGGACCGCCAACCGCGUCACAGUCGCAGCGGCCGCAGCCGCAGCAACCUCAGCAACAGCAGCAACAACAGCAUCAACAGCAGCAGCCACACCAGCAGCAGCAGCUGUCGCAGCAGUUGCAAUUACAGCAUCACAACGUCAGUGUCACGUCGAGCUCGGGUGCAGCCGUCGCUGUUGCUGGCGGCGGCCCCACUGCUGCUGUCGGUGUUGGCCCAGGAUCGCAAAUCGGUCAGACUAUAGAUUAUUUACCUGGCCCGAGCACCUCGUCGGCUGGUAUAAACGUUCAAGCUACCGGCAGACAAUUGCAAGCAAAAGAGAUGCCAGGCAGUAUUCAAUACUCGCAGUCGCAGCAGCAGUACCCUGGCGCGAUUGUCGUUCCUAAUUCUGCGACCGCUCCCAUAAAGACUGUUGAUUUCCAGGGUUACGUGUUGCAGUCCAGUAAUUCAAACAGUGGCUUUCCUGCUAACUCCUCAUGUGCCGCAUCUAUACCAGCAGGGUUAGUAGUUCAUAAUGCUACAAAUUUUGGAAAACAUGCACAAGCUACUACCAGACCAGUUGGUCAAAGCAAAAUGGUACAAGGCAAUCCUCCAACAAUUCAAACGCAAGGGCAUGUCAAUCAAAAUUCUGCUCAGCAGUUUCAAAGGCUCAAAGUUGAAGAUGCGCUAUCAUAUCUCGAUCAAGUUAAAUACAAAUUUAGUGAUCAACCCCAGGUUUAUAAUGAUUUCUUAGAUAUUAUGAAAGAGUUUAAAUCUCAAAGCAUAGAUACUCCAGGAGUUAUUACCAGGGUUAGCCAUUUAUUUAAAGGACAUCCCGAAUUGAUCGUUGGCUUCAACACAUUUCUACCGCCGGGUUACAAAAUAGAGGUUCAGGCAAAUGAACAAGGCUACGCUUUUCAAGUCUCGGUUAGCAUGCCUAGUCCAACAGCCACUCACACCAAUACUACAUCUGCUCACCAAUGUACAGUCAAUGUUGGAUCACCACCUAUUACGAGUCCUCCAAUCCAAUUACCCAAGGCCCAACCUGUUGUACAAAUAAUGCAAGGGGGAGCAACUAUUCAUCCACAAAUAAAUAAUAUUGGCCCAAAUAGCCUUCCAAUGCAUGGAUCUGCAUCACCAGUUCCUGCAUACAAUAACCAUGUGACACAAGCGCAAGCUCAGGCUGUAAGCCAAGCAUUGAGUCAAGCUCAAGAUGGUGUACCAGUGUCAGGUCAACAACAGCAAAAUCAACCAGUAGAGUUUAAUCAUGCGAUUAACUAUGUUAAUAAAAUUAAGAACCGAUUUCAAAGUCAUCCUGACAAAUACAAAAGGUUCCUUGAAAUUCUCCAUACAUAUCAAAAGGAACAACGAAAUAUGAAAGAAUCAGGAAGUGGAAGUGGAGGUAGUGCUGCUGGUAGUGGCAAACAAUUAACAGAAGCUGAAGUUUACAGCCAGGUUGCAAAAUUGUUUGAAAAUCAGGAAGAUUUACUACUGGAGUUUGGCCAAUUUCUUCCUGAUGCUACUAACCAACAAAAUGCACUAGUGAGUAAUCCCGAAAAUAUGCAAACAGAUCAAUUUCUUUCUGCGGUAUUUCAGAAUAAUAAGGUGUGUAAUGUUAAUGAUCACGCAACAAUUGCCAAAAAGCCACCCACCCUGAAACAACAAUACAAUAACGCCGGCCCUGUACCUAGAGAACAAGGGUCGGUUAUUCCUUUCGAUGUACGUGAUCAGCGAGAACGAGAGAAGGAACGUACUGGAAUGAGAGAAGUCAAUGUGCCAAGUCAGAAAUAUGGACACAGUCAGAAUCAAUUAAAAAGGAGUCCGUCAUUUAAUACUACAGUAACAACAAGUAAUUCUCAUCUUCCCCAUGGUCCACCUCCUCCUAAAAAACAUAAAGUAGCGUCUGUUCGGGAUUUAUCCAUAGCAGAAGUAGGGAAGCAUGGAACGUUAGCGGACUACGCCUUCUUUGACAAGGUUCGCAAAGCUCUGCGUUCCCAAGAAGUGUAUGAGAACUUCUUAAGAUGUCUUGCAUUAUUCAACAAUGAAAUCAUAUCUAAGACUGAAUUGGUUACAUUGGUUACUCCGUUUUUGGGACGUUUUCCUGAUCUUUUACGUUGGUUUAAAGAGUUUCUUGGUUAUAUAGACGCAUCGACAUCGCUCUCACCUUCUAACUCUAACUCUAAUUCAGUAUGCAACAUUGAAGCAGUACCAAAUAAUGUAGUUAGGAGUCAUCAAGACAGGCCUCAAGGGGAUCUUGCAAUGGAAAUUGACUAUACGGCAUGUAAACGACUUGGUGCAUCGUAUUGUGCUAUACCAAAAACUUAUAUUCUGCCGAAGUGUGCUGGUAGAACUGCCUUGUGUAAAUCGGUGCUAAAUGAUACUUGGGUAUCGUUCCCGACAUGGUCUGAGGAUAGUACUUUUGUUACGUCAAGAAAAACCUCGUUUGAAGAAAUGAUCUAUCGUUGUGAAGAUGAACGUUUUGAGCUUGAUGUUGUAAUUGAAACAAACGCCGCCACUAUUCGCGUUCUAGAAGCGAUUACUAAAAAAAUGGCCCGAAUGACGCAAGAAGAAUUAUUAAGGUUUAAAUUGGACGAUUGUUUAGGCGGAAAUUCGCCUACGAUACAUCAGCGAGCUAUUCGAAGGAUUUAUGGUGAUAAAGCAGCAGAUAUAAUUGAUGGAUUAAAAAAGAAUCCAGUAGUCGCAGUGCCAAUAUGUCUAAGACGAUUAAAAGCUAAAGAGGAAGAAUGGAGAGAAGCUCAAAAAAGCUUCAACGCCCUUUGGCGAGAGCAAAAUGAAAAGUUUUAUUUGAAGUCUCUCGAUCAUCAGGGUAUUAACUUCAAACAAACCGAUAUUAAAUCGCUCAGAUCGAAAGCCUUGUAUAAUGAAAUUGAGCUCGUAUAUGAUGAGAGACACGAGAAUGAGGAAAAUACUGGCGUUUCAGGAGAUGAGGCUCAUUUAACUUUACAGUAUCCUCCUUUAACGCCCAUUUUGAAUGACGUGUCGAACCUUAUUAUCCAUCAUGUGAAAAGACAAACGUCAAUACAGAAAGGGGAUAAAAAACAAAUAAAAGCAAUACUGAAACAAUUUGUACCCGAUCUAUUUUAUCAUCCAAGACAAGAACUCAGCGAUGAUGAACAAGACGAAGAAAACGACAAAGAUGAUGUGCCCUCCAGCAGUACGGGGAAAAAUACACCUAAUUUGGAUGUUGGCUCUUACAAUGCAGCCGGAUUGCAAGGGAGCAAUAAAAAUAACGACAGUAAAUCACCUGAAACGCCUUCCAAACAUGACGAAGACAACAUGAAAAGAAUGAUUCAAAAUCAUCAUACCAUGAGAGAACCUAAUGAAGCAUACGUCUUUUUCAUGGGCAGCAAUAACUGGUAUCUUUUCAUGAGACUUCAUCAAAUACUCUGCGAUCGAAUAAAUAAAAUGUAUAAUCGAGCCAUGGUUCUUGCUGAAGAAGAAAGGCAGUAUAAACAACAGAGAAAAGAAAGUACAGCGAUUGCCCUUAGAUUAAAGCCUAAAAAUGUACAUAAAAUCGAAGAAUACUACCCUGUUUUUCUGGACAUGAUUAAAAAUCUUCUUGACGGAAAUCUUGACGCUAAUCAAUAUGAAGAUAAUUUAAGAGAAAUGUUUGGUAUCCAUGCCUUCACUGCUUUUACACUUGAUAAAGUUGUAAUAUAUGCUGUGAGACAGCUUCAACAUAUUGUCUGCGAUAAGCCUAGCGUUCAAUGUAUGGAAAUAUUCAGUCGAGAAAGAAAGCGACCAAAAGAGGUUUCUAGUACAGGUGGUCUGUGUCGGACCGCUUAUUUAAGGACUGCCUAUGAAAUGGCAUAUUUCAGAGAUGUCGAACGUUUAAUGACUGACGAAAACAUCUUCAGAAUCGUCAUAUACAAGAAUUGUCUAAAAAUGUUAAUGACGAUGAUUGAUGUCGAGUCCGAGGAUAAUACCCAUUCGAACACUAAUCGUGGUGAUAGAGACAAAGAGACCUCAGUGAUAGUGGCAGAAAAGUGGUCGUCUUACGUUGAGAAUUAUUCGGGUACGGCUAAAGGCAAAUCGACGACGUCGUUAAUAACGACGACGAUUAGUGGUGGUGUAGGAGUGCCAGGACAAAGUUCCAAGGACGUUACUUCCUCAACCGAUUCUAAUGCGGCAGCUAGUCAUCCUGUGAGUAGCGACCAGGCAUCAAAGGGGGGGAGGGGAAGAAAGCGCAAGAAUACUGACGUUAACAAGAAGGUUGAUGGGAACGGUUGGAACAGUGGACACAGCAAUGCAGUCAGCGGCAGCAGUGGUAGUGAAACAUUAAGUACAUUUUUGAAGGGUCGAAAACCAGUCUUUAUUCCUCGCAACUUAACUAGGUUCAAAAGGUUCCAUCCGCAUUACAAUGAGCAUAAUAAGACAAAAAAAUUAUUAAACGUCGAAACAAAUAAAGAAGCAGAUACUGAAGCAUCACGGUCAGAUAUCGUUACGUCGGAAGAAACUCAGUGUACAUUUAAUAUUGAUAAUUACCGCCUUAUGUAUGUUGUAAAUCAAGAAACCAUUGUCUACAGCAAGGGUUGUCUAUUCAAGGCUCGACAGGACCAUCCUAAAGUGACUAAAUCUAAGGGCAGCAAGUUCCAACGUUGGCAUUCUAAUUGGUUGGCGAAAAAUACAACGGACCAGCAGCUCCGACACUGCCAAGAAUGGUUAUUAGGUGCAUUUGAAAAUUCGUUACCGCAUAGGACGCGGUUAUUCACUGAUAAUAGCGUCGAUCACACUCCGUAUCGACCUUAUAACCGUUACAGGGUCGACUUUUUAGUUUCACCGGCUGAGUUAAAAUUGCAAGGUUCAAAAAGUUCUACAUGAUCAGAAUUUAAUUUUUCGCUUUUGAAAGCUUUUGUACAAUAAUGCAAAAUGAUGUUAUUACAUUAACUAUUGUUCAUUACUAUUAUUAUAAUUAUCAUUAUUAUAAUUAUUAAUAUUACCAUAAUUAAAAUUAAUUUUUAUUAUUAAUCGAAUGUAUAGUUGAGCAAAUUCAAUGCUUGAAAAAACUCGAUCUUUAUGAAAGAAACAAGCCAAGCUUGUAUUUGAGUAGAAAUAACAUAAUUUAAUUUCACAAUAUAAAUUAUUAUUUCAAAUAUAUAACACUUAAAGUGUUGCUCAGACAUUAUAAAUACCUAAUGUAGCACUUGAGAGUCGGUGCAUUGACAAUCGUUGAUAUCGUUACACGAUUCAUCAGUUAUUAGAUUGUAAUUAGAUUGUACAUACAUUAUACAUGUAUACUGCUCCUUUGCAACAAUUAUAAAGUAAUGUUAUUAAGAUAGUAAAUAUUUCCGUGUGAUAACGAGAAGGAAAGUAACUGAUUAUUUUUAUCUUACGAUGUAAAUAAUUUUUUCACAUGUAUAAAUCCAAGAUCGUUAUUCAUGUCUAAAAAGGCUAUUGAUCAAUCGUUUAUUUCGUUGAAAUAAUAAGCGAUCAUUACAAUUAUGAUUCAUUAUACUUUGUGUUGUGAUUGAUUUUAUUAUUGAAAUUAGGUAUUAAGUUUUUUUUUAGAUUUAAGUAUUGUCAAUGUGUUUUUCAAUAAAAAGUAUCUACGUAUCUUCAUAACUAUACAUUUAUUGUAUUUGGCUCCAUGAAGAUCAAUAAGCUUAACGAUGAAUGGAUGAUGAAGCUAGUGUGCUCGCACACAUAUAAAAACAUAUAAGUAGAUAUAUAUUUAUAUAUCAAUUGAUCAUGUUAAUGUAUAAAUAUAUAUUUUAUAUAUAUAUAUUGUACUUCUGUAGCUAAUGCUAGCGUUAUAAAGAUUAUCACGAUUAUCGUGGACUUUUUACUUUCGAUCAAUACAUCAACUCUGACAAGUUCAUAAAAAGGAGGUAUUUUAUUUUUUUCGUUAUUUCUGCCGACCAUAACUCAAAUAUAUAUUUAUGUAAGUUUAAUUGAACUAAUGAGUAAUUUUUUAUUUUUUCAAAUAACGCAUUGUAUUCUUAUUAUGCAGCAUCUUCAUCAUUUUUUUAUUAUCUAUUGAAUUAUGACAAAAAAAUUACCAUAUAACUCGUUAAAACUGAUACGUUGAAAGUUGUCACUUAUCAAUGCAGCACAUUUUAUAUACAGACUUUUGUUAUAAAUAUUUACUUGAUAGGACUGGCAUGUACAUAUUAGUCUUAUGAUUUUACAAUUUAAGUGUAUUAUAAAUACAAUUCGUGCGAAUCCGAAUGAGCCUGUAUUUUUACGUUUAAAUGUACAGGCUAUCGUUAAAAUGACUAUAAUAUUAGCUGUUAUUAAGGAAAUAACUUAUAUCUUCUUAAAGGAUGUGAAGUACAAGAGCAUUUUCAUUGACACAACUCAUUUGAAUCAUAAAACAUGUCUAUGUAUUAUGAUCAGUGAGGUGUAUUUGUAAGAAAAUAAAAAAAUAAGAUAAAAGUAAGUGCAUUUUCAAAAUGCAGUAGAGAUUAUAGCAACAUGAAGAAAUAAUAAGUGUGUUAUCAUAUUAUAAAUAUCUGAACAGUUAUUUAUUACUUGUAUAUAUUUUACACAAACAAUAAACUUCUUAUCUAAACA